GAUCACGUGACGCCAACAGCUACCGGAGCUUCGCCUAGCUGGUUGAAAAAUGUCAGACUCGGAGGACGCCACUACGCCUCUCCCCUGUGUCGUUGUCACUAGCAGUGAUGCCACUUUUAAAGAAGAAGAAAUGAUCAAACAAAUUGUUGGGGCGAAGACGCUACCAGAAGCGAGCAAACGAGAACAAACAGUCGUGUGGUAUCCUUGGACCAUCAACAACAAAUAUUACACAGCGGAUGUCAGGCUCUGCAUCGUACCCAGCACUUUUCAGAUGUCGUCAGAGAUUGCACAGUCCAUGCAAGCUUUCAUUGCUUUUUUUGAUAGUACAAAGAAGGAUGGUUUAGAAAAGCUUCAUCCGUGGAUAUCAGUGGUGGACGACAUUGCUCCAGAGGUGCUGAUUCUUGUCUGUGACAGAGUUUGUGCAGAAGGUGUUACCAGACAUGAAGCACAACAAUGGUGUUUGUCGCACAGCUUUGAGCUGGUGGAGCUCAACCCUCAGGAGCUGCCUGAUGAAGAUGAUGACUUUCCAGAAUCCACAGGAGUAAAGAGAAUUGUCCAGGCACUCAAUGCAAAUGUGUGGACCAGCGUGGAGAUGAAAGAUGGGAACAGUCAGAGCUUCGGACUAAUGAGCAGUUUGGUGGCUGCUCGGCACAACCACCCUCGCAGCUGUCAAGAUCCACAAUCUUCUAGUCAACCAGCAGAGGGCGCGCUUGCUACUGCAGUGACUCGUCAUAUGGAGACAAACAGCUCACCAGAGAACACAGUUGUUGAUGCAAUGACAAACUUGGACAUACAGGAGCUUGCAAAUCUCACAGCUGGAGAUGCAGACGUGGAUAAUUUUGAACGCCUCUUCACCAAAUUAAAAGAGAUGAAAGACAAAGCGUCAUCGUUACCUCAUGAGCAAAGAAAAGUUCAUGCAGAGAAGGUAGCUAAAGCUUUUUGGAUGGCCAUUGGUGGCGAUGACGACGAGAUAGACGGCUUAUCAUCAGGGGAGGAAAGCUAACGGAAGUGAACGGUCAACAUUUCUUUCCUACCUUUAACUGGCUGUCGCGCAAGGUCCAGCGCCCCCUGGAGUCACCGCUUGCACUUUGCAAGUGGAAGUGCUCAUGGACGUACUUGACUGUACUGUAGGCGGCUUUGGCUCCUUCAAAGUGGCAUUACUGAUUUAGCUGAAAAGAGAGGUAGAAAGGAUCCAGGACGCAGCCCUUACACAUGGGUCUUCCUUAGUGAUAGAUAAAAAAAUCAAACAAACAUUACAUCCAUGAGUUUAUCCUUGGGGUACAAUGUCAUAAAUAUCUCAACGUGACAUCAUGUGCCUUAUUUUAAAAUUAACUGUCAGACAAACAAAUUGUGAAUAUUCUGUCAAGUCACAAAAGAUGAACUGUCAUACAAAUAAUGGAUGGUCUGUAUUGUCAACAUAAAGACUUUUUGUCUUGAA